AUUAUAACUAGUCUAGUAAAAUAAUCAAACAAAACGGUUAACCCCAUUGAAAAUAACUGGUUUUGGUUAAGAUGGACGGUUUUUUCCAUCUGAUUAAAAAUGCAUAAAACCGAAAACGCACCGCACAUUUUUAGGAAGGGUGUCAAUCCUUCAAUUUGGUAAAUAUAGAAUAGCUUUAAUUGAAAUUCAUAAAUAAGAGAGAUAGGGGUUGUUUUAUUGAUCAAACUAAACAUUUGAAUUUGUAUCUAUUGUAAAUGGUGUACAUCUUGUGGACAAAUUUGGAACUACUCUUUACCUCCUAUAAACAACGGUAUUUGAAUUCUGAUAUGUUGAGUAUCUGAAGGUCAUUUCAACUCCUUAUUCUGUUUAUUAACAUUUUGUGAAGAUUUGCCCUGGAUAAUUAGCAGAUAAAAAACAUCUCAAAAUGGAAUCACUUAAUGAACAAAAUCCUGUACUUCUUCAGUAUUUUAAAGGUCAUACAGGUUCAAUUACAAGUUUAUGUUUUAGUCCUUCUGGAAAAAACUUAGCGUCCUCCAGUGAAGAUAAUUCAUUUCUUGUUUGGAAUUUGGCUGCUAAUACAGCUUCAUUAAGGUAUAAAGCUAAAGUACUUCCUGUUACAUACGUUACCUAUUCUCCUUUUGGAACUCAUAUAGCCUCUGCCCAAGGUGACUUUGUUAGAAUAUGGGUUUCUUCUGUACAAGGAAAGUCAAUUGAAUUCAAACCUCAUCUGGGCACUGUACGCUCAGUGGAGUUUUCUCGUGAUGGUGAAAAACUUUUGACAUCCUCAAAUGACAAAUGUAUAAAAAUAUGGGUUACUUCCAGGCGAAGGUUUUUUUCAUCGUGUACUGGUCAUACUAAUUGGGUGCGAAUCGCAAAGUACUCCCCAGAUAACAAGAUGAUUGUUUCAUGUUCUGAUGACAGAACUAUUCGACUUUGGGAUCCUUUAACUAGUAAAUCCAUUCACACUUUCAAUGAAGUUAAAGGGAUUCCAAAAUAUGUAACCUUUCAUCCUUCUGGUACUUGUUUUGGUGCUGCCAUGUCACAUAGUGUUGCCAAGUUGUAUGAUGUUAGGAAUAUGAAGCUGCUUCAGUAUUAUGCAUGCCACUCAUUGCCAGUGAAUUCUAUUGCAUUCCAUCCUUCAGGAAGUUUUAUGAUUACUGGCUCAGAAGACACAACAAAUAAGGUCAUUGAUUUGUUAGAAGGAAGAGUUAUUUUAACUCUUGAAGCACAUUCCAAACCUGUUACUGCUGUUGCUUUCUCAAAAUCAGGUGAUCAUUUUGCUACUGGGUCCGAUGAUAAGAACGUGUUUGUCUGGAAAUCUAAUCUUGAAGCCCCAGUAGUUGUUGAGGAAACCAAAAGACCUUUAAGGGAAAGUGUUGCAAAUAAUACUGAAACAAAAAGACCUAAAAUAUGUGUUAAAACCUCUAAUUUAAACAUCAGUAGUUCAGGUAUUGAGGAUAUCUACUCUGUCAAGGAUUACGAGGACACCUCAUCAUCAGAUGUUGAAAGACAAUAUAAUGCAGAAAGUUAUAGUUGUAAUCCUUCUAAUGUAGAUCAAGCAAAUCUGCCUGACAAAGAUGAAAUUAACAGUUUAAAUGAGCAAUCAGAAAACAUCACUAAGGAAGUGGAAUCAGUGAAUAGCCAUUUACAAAAUCCUGCUAAGGAUGAUUUAUGUUCGAAAUGUUCCAGUGACAGUGUACUUUCAUUGAUGGAAUCACUGACAUUUGAGAAUGAAUCAUUAAGGAAAAGAAUGGAUUUGCUUGAAGAAAAACUCGCUCAAAUGGAGUACAUGAUGAAGAUGAACAAUGCAUAGCCAUUGUAAGAAAAUAUGGUUGAUAAAAAUAUUUUUUCUGUGAUCGUAGUUUUAAUUUUAUGUCAGUUGAAUAAUGUGUGUUAUAAAUUAUUUAGUAUUAUUUUUUUGUAAUAAAGUAAUUAAGACAAUGAUGUGCUGUUCUUAAUGUCCA